AUGCGAUUCCUCACCAUUCUUGUGGCUGGCUUCGCCGCCGGCACUGGUUUGGCAGCGACAUGUCCCUACGCCGAGCAAAAGGCUGCCCAGCGUGAUUGCCCCUACGCUGCCAAACUCUCCAAAGAUGCUAUCAAUGGGGCCAGCACAACCGACAAGAAGAUCAAGCGAACUCCGCCGCCUGCCGACAAGCUCGGGGUCAUGUACAUGAACCGCAUCGGUCCUUCUGGCUCGGAAUUGUGGAUUGCCAAUGCGGACGGCACCGAUGCCGCCAAGUUAUUGGGUGAUCAGUCUGCCCCAUUCGACUUUCAUGCUACCUGGUCGGCCGACGGCGAGUGGAUUGUCUUUAGCAGUGAACGUCGAGCCGAUGGCCAGUCCGAUGUGUAUCGCGUCAAGUCAGACGGCACUGGCCUAGAAACUCUCGUUGCCGGCGACUCGUUUGAAGAUGCGGGAGCUUUGUCGCCCGAUGGCACAAAGCUCGCAUAUGUCUCUACCGCCAUUAACUCGACUGCCAAUGUCUUUGUGCUGAACCUGUCCACGGGUACGUCAGUCAACGUGACUGGCAGCGAUGAGACGAUUGGUGACUUUGCCAGCCCCCAUGGCUUCUUCCGGCCCUCCUGGUCACCGGAUGGCGAGUGGAUUGCCCUGAGCUCCGACGUCAACACGGAUUGGACGGGCCAUAGCGAUGGUGUUGGUUGGGAACACACCCAGACCUUGUCCCUCUAUGUCGUGAGGCCGAAUGGAACCGACUUUCGCAAGGUUGUUGGACAGCCUGGCUAUUGUCUUGGUAGCCCCCAAUGGUCGCCAGAUGGAAACCGACUGAUCUACUAUAACUUGACUACUGAAGAUACCUACAAUGCGCACGGCAUCUCGCGCGGUGGAAACACGGGCGUUGUCUCGCAGCUAUUCAGUGUCGAUGUGGCAACUGGGAGUGAUGUCACCCAGCACACAUUCGGCAACUCCUUGGUCGUUGCAGGAUACUUUAUUGGCAACAGCACCACUGUUGGUUAUAAUGUAAAGUCUGGCCAGCAGCCUGGAGUCAACUAUACCACGUCUGAUGCCACACAUGCCUUCUUCAAUGGCACACUACGCAACCCCACUUGGUCGCCAGAUGGCUCCAAGGUUGUAUACGAAGUCUACGACUGGACUCAGCGCCCAGCAGAAAAGCCCCUUUUCAGCUGGGAUCACGAAUACGAAUACCGUUUCAUGGACGUCUUUCCGCAAUGGAACAAUGCCACCCAACGCCUGGCUACUACCCAGAAGCAACUGCUCAAUGCGUCGUCGUCGGUCGUCAUUACCGAUGCUGACUAUAGUGACCUCGUGACCGCCUUUGACGUACACAUCGUCGGUGGAGUGAGCACGGGUUUCGGUACGGGCGGUGCAUUCCAGCCUAGUUGGAGCAGCGACGGAUCGCAACUGGCGGUAGGGUAUGGCACCUGGUUUGCCGGUCGCGCGUCCAGCCCCGGCGCACUGUACCUGUUUCAAGCCGACGGUUCUUCCUACGAAAACAUUACCGACGGCACUUUUAAUGCCGGUUUCCCUUCCUUUUCUCCAGAUGGCACAAAACUCGUUUUCCGGCUCUGGGAUGGUGAGAAUGGGCCUCUCGGUUUGCAUGUCAUGGACAUGGAGACGGGCAACACGACGCAAAUCACCAACGGCUGGGAUAACACUCCGGGCUGGUCGCCUGAUGGUGAACUCAUAGUGUUUGCUCGCCAGACCAAUUGGACCCAAGAUUACGGCAACCGAUGGUACGAUGAUCGUUACGACAUCGCCACGAUCAAGCCAGAUGGGACGGAUCUCAAGAUUCUUACCGAGUCGCAUGCUAAUGACGCCCAUGCUGUCUGGGCGCCGGACGGCCGCAUCAUGUACAACAGCGGCAUGCACGGCUUCCGCGAUGAAAGUCCUUUGUAUGACAAUACAUUUCAGCCCUAUGGCCAGAUCAUCAUCAUGAAUGCGGAUGGAUCGAACAAGACGGCACUGACGGACAGCAUGUGGGAAGACUCCAUGCCUCAGUAUAUUCCUCGAUCAUUCUUUGAGUAG